AUGGCUGUUUAUCACGAGGCCGUUUAUGACGAGGCCGCAUGUCCACUGCUACGAGCGUGUCUUUACUGUAUUUCAGGAAGCAUUUCUUUACUGAACUUCACACACCAAAUCAUUCGUGUCUGCUAUCUGUACAUAUUGCUAUAUAUUCCUAAAAUCUUAACGUGUCACAGCUCGUCUAACUUCGUAGACAACACUGACAGCAUCAUGACAGUGUUUGAAAACUGUACUGUUGUGUUUGAUGUGAAGAAUGUGCCUUUUAAAGAGAAGCAGAAGCUGAAAUCAGCUCUUCUGGAGAAUGGAGGAAACAUCUCCUACACCAUCAACAAAGAGUGCUCUUUUGUGGUCACCAGCAGUGUGAAUGACCUGAGCAGUAACAGGCAGCGCAGCAUCCAGAAGCUCCAGAUCCCGGUGGUUGGAACGCAGUAUGUGUGGAGUUGUGUGGAUGAAGGACAUCUUCUGCCUUUGACGGAGCAUAAUUUAACCCCACAGCUGUCAUAUCCAACCAAUGAAUCCCUCCCUUCUCCAGGGGUUAUAGUGUCGACCAAGAUACUAGAAAAAAAUAAGUUCAAAGGUCAGCCUGAUCUCCCAAACGCAGAGGUUGAGAUUCUUGAGAAGGGUGGACCUCGUGCUAGCAAAUUCAGAGUAUACAAAGGUGCUGACCAUGACUUGCCUGAAUUCCCUUCAUUUUUUCAAGUGGCCAAGUACUCGGUUUUUGAAAAGGUAAAACCCAAGACUUUGUCUGUUUUGGAGCUGCAGAGUGUCAAUGGACGAGCAGGCCAGCAGUAUCGUGUGCUCUGUUCAGUGUUGCGUGAAGCUGAGACCGCAGUGCUCCAGGACAAGCUUGUUUUCUGUGAGACGUCUGAAGAUGCUGUGGAAGCUUAUCUGAUGCUGAUGAAGGACAUGGAGACUCAGGGAUUCACAAAGACACACACACUUCCUGCUGAGGUUGAGCACUUGGCAUCUUACAGCCUGCAGCAGCUUCUGCUGGAGGAGAGGCUGAACUGCAGCACAUUAUCAAAGGAAGUUGGUGUCUUCGUGGAGCUGAUUUGGACUGAAGCUCUCGGUUCUCUUAAUAACAUCCUGACAGUCCCAGUGUCCAGAAUCAGCCUCAAUGAUGUGAGCAGGGUGGAAGGAUUGUUACUGCAGGCACAAAAGACUCAGAAUGAAGAUGAAGCCAAAGCCCUGCUAGAGGAGGUUAACACACUCCUGCCCCUCAGAAUAAUCGACCCUCCGUCCAAACACAAGCUUGUGUCUCAGAAACUAGACCUUUGUCAGCUGAUCAGAGAUAUUGUGAAUGUGAGUGAAGCCACUCUGGGAAGCCCGUCCCCUUCGUCUCUGGGAAAGUAUCGAGCUCUGAGGUGCAGCAUUGACUUUGUUCCACCAGAAAACCCUGAGUUUCAUGCAGUUUCUAAACUGCUUCAGGACAGGCCUGUUCAGAUUCAGCAGAUUGUGCGCAUCAGCAGAGGGGUGGAGCUUCAGAUGUUUAGGGAGGAGUUAGGCAACAUUAAGCCCCUCCUCCACUCCACUAGUCCUAGUAGUUUGGUUGGAAUACUGUCACGAGGUCUGCUGCUGCCCAGGGUUGGAGUUGAACUGCAUGGAAUUGAGAGGACGGAUAUCGGGAAUCUUGGAGGAGGAAUCUACUUCAGUGACUCACUAAAGACCAGUGUGAAAUACUCCAAGCCCAGUGUAACUGACGGCUCUCGGCUGCUGUUGGUGUGUGAAGUGGCGUUGGGUCGGUGCAAAGACCUGCUGAAGAAAGACACCAGUUUGACUUGUGCUCCUGACGGCUUCCACAGCGUUCAUGGAGUCCGCCGCUCGCACAACAGACUUUCUGAAUUUGAGGACGAUGAGUUUGUGGUGUUUAACACAGAGCAGAUCAGACUGAAGUAUGUGGUGCAGUUCACUGUGGAGGGGGACGAGUUAAAAGACUUCCAGCCUCAAAUCAGUACCUUACUGGAGCUCACAGACACACCGACUGACGUCUUGUCCAGUGAUGACAGUGAGGGUUUGGAGUCUACUAAGAAUCCUCUGGAGGAGAUGAAUGCAGGUUUGCUGGACAGCAGUGGUCAGAAACUUCCUCUACAGGCUGUCAAUGUGAAGUGCAAACUGAUGGACCUGAUGGGUGAGGUCAUCAUUUUUCAGACCUACACAAAUCAGAGUGCUGUUCCCAUUGAAGCAAAGUUUGUCUUUCCACUGGAGGAGACGGCAGCAGUGUGUGGAUUUGAAGCCUUUAUCAAUGGAAAGCAUGUCAUUGGAAAGGUAAAGGAAAAAGAGCAGGCUCGUAAGGAGUACAAGCAGGCUAUAGAGAAAGGUCAUGGAGCCUACCUGAUGGACCAGGAUGCACCUGAUGUGUUUACUAUCAGCGUGGGGAAUCUUCCUCCUGGAGCCUCAGUUUUGAUCAAGGUGACGUUCAUCACUGAGCUGGUGGUGAGAUCGGGCUCUAUAGUCUUCUCACUGUCUGGCAGCGUGGCACCAUGGCAAGAGAGCGCCGCCCUUAACCAGACAACUCAGACAACUGUUGAAAAGAUUGGCCUGUCCGAGUCAAAGGGGGAGUUUUCUCUGUCAAUGUCCAUUGAAAUGCCUUAUGAGAUCAUCAACUUAAACUGUUCACACCGAAUCAAAACCAAGAUGACCGACUGUAAGGCAGUGAUCAGCACGGUACCAGGACAGACUCUGGGACCUGAUGGGUUACAGGUGUCCUUUAGUCUUUCUAAUAUUCACAUGCCCAGGAUGUGGGUUGAGAACCAUCCAGAAAAAGACAGUCAGGCCUGCAUGCUGGUGUUUUAUCCAGACUUCAAGUCAAGCGGUUUGUCUCUUUCUGGAGGAUCGUCCAGUGUGAGCGAUGUGGUCAUUCUGCUGGACUCCUCCAGGUCUAUGCAGGGAGAAGCGAUGCUGAACGCCCGCAGGAUUGCCCUUCAAGUGCUCAAAUCUCUGGCCCGCUCACUGAAGAUCAACAUCAUCUCUUUCAGCACUGAUUACAAGGAAGCUUUUCCUGCACCGGUGCCCUUAAAUGAGGCGUCUGAAGCAGCCAGGAAGUUUAUUAUGUCGUGUAGCGGCGCUGGUGGCAGCACUGAUCUGUGGCGUCCUCUCCGGAGUCUUAGCUUGCUGCCCCCCUGCCAGGGCAUGAGGAACGUCCUGCUGCUGUCUGAUGGACAUGUUCAGAACCAGCCUGUGACUCUACAGCUGGUCAGAGAAAACUCCUGCCACACGCGUCUCUUCACCUGCGGACUCAGCUUGACCGCUAAUCGUCAUAUGCUCAGAGCUUUGGCUCAGGCAGGUGGAGGAACAUAUGAGUUUUUUGACACAAAGAUGAAACACACUUGGGCAGAAAAGGUGCGCGCUCAGGUUCAGCGUAUGGAGUCUCCAGGCUGCAGAUCAGUGGCGGUGAAGUGGCAGCAGUUUAAUCCCAGAGCGCCUCCUCCUGUUCAAGCUCCCUCACAGCUUCAUUCCCUCUUCAGUGACUGGCACACUCUCGUAUACGGCUUUGUGCCGCACUGCACUCAGGCCACAUUGUUUGGUGAUUUGAGUGGGCAGGAGAUCAAAACAAUGGUUUCCACCACAGAACUACAGAAGACGAAGGGAACUUUCCUUCACAAGUUAACAGCAAGAGCGAUCAUCAGAAACUAUGAAGAUGGCAUUCUAGGCAACAGUGAGGCAGAACAUGAGGAGAAGAAAGCAGAGCUGAAGUCCUUCAUCAUUGAGCUCAGUAAAGAGUUCUCCAUCUUGUCUCAGUUCACAAGCUUUGUCGCCAUCGAAGAGCGGGAGGCGAAUGAGUUUGACACUGGAUUCACAGAUAUUCCUAAACUCAUAUCAGAGGAGGAUGUGGACAUUCUGCCAUAUAUGGGGUGGACUGAAGCUGCUGCUGAAGAUGAUGAAUUGAUGGAAUUAGUGGAAGCAAGUGAUUAUCUUUGUGCGAAAUACAGUUUAGAGGACUCACACUUCUUCUCAACUUCUUCUGAUGUUGGUUUUGCUCUUCAAGAAGCCACUCCUGAUUAUUUAUGCUAUAAUUCGGAGGAGGAAAGUUUUGAUGAUCUUGUUGUACCCCCUUCUCCUUCGGUGCCCGUUCGUGAUUUACGUUUAAGAGCAUUUCCUCGGUACGCUGGCUCAGCAGGAUUUCUCGGCCGUUCUCUUAGCAAUGUUUGCAGUAUAACAAGUGGUCCCCCCCCUCCCUCUCACCCUCCUCCUUCUUGUCCCCGCUUGUGUGACGUCUUAAUAGAGGGUUCCAAUCUUCAAGCCUCUGAAAUAUGGGAAAAGUCACUGGAUUCUUUCUCCAUGACUAACAGGCCUCCUCCUCCUGCUCCUCCUCCUGCUGGUGCUCCAGGAGCUGCUCCUCGUAUUCAAUCCAUGCGUCAACAUGCAAUGCCCAGGUUAGAGCAAUUUCUCUCAAUGACUCCUUCACGUCCUCUUCCUCCUCCUCCUCCUCUUUUUCAGGCUGUCAAAAUGUCUGGAGGAGAUUUCAUGAGAGACAGUUGUCCUCCUCCUCCUGCCAACCAGAUUGCGGCUGCAGGUCACAGUCCUCCUUUUGCAAAUAGUAUGCCAGUAAUGUACACCUCGAGUGAAAGUGCUAUCUCUUUUUCUGCUGAUGCGAUUACCAGUGGGCAUCGUGCUCGUCCUCUCAGUGAAGAUUAUUUCCUCCCUUCUCCUCUUACAUUUGCACAAUGCAUGUCGGUGACUCCUGAUAUUGCUCCUCCUCCUCCUCCUCCUCCUCCUGUUUUUACUCCUCCUACAAGCAGUGAACAUGGAUAUUUUAGCAGGAGUGAAUGUUCUACAUUUGCUUUUGGUCAAACCGCAGAGUCUAUACCUCAAGGCUCUGUAUUUGGAGGCUUUGGUGGUUCCCUCCAAAGUGCACAAUCUGGUUCCUCAACCUCUGGACUCUUUGGAUCAUCCCUACUUAGGCAACAAGACCAGGCAAUACAAAAUCUCCAACUACUCCAGCAAACUGACACUUUGACUCCUGCACAACCUGAGUUGACUCACACUUUAGAAGAUUCACCUGUGGUUAAACUUUCGAUGAUAAAAAUGAAAAAAAAAUCUAAAGGAUUUCACCCAUGGGAACAGAUGAAAACACGUAAGAUGAUCUUGGAUCAGCCAGUCAUGACAGAAGAAUUAAGCAGACCUGACACUGCAGUGCCUUGGAAUGAGCUGUUUGAGCUUCAGCACGAGGAUGGAUACUGGGAGUGCACUGGCAGGAUGAGCAGAUUUUUCAACCUGGACGUCGACUUUUUUGCCAACAUUUUCCUUAAGGAGAAAGGCAUCCAAUCUUUAGGUGUGAAAGCUCAUGCUGAUAUUCUGAGGCUGCUGGCGACUCUGCUGGUGCUGCAGCUGAUCCGGGUGAAGAAGCUGGAGGUGGGACGGCUGCUCGAGUCUCUCCUCCGACUCAAAGAGUCCCAGGAGCCCAGACUGAUGUACUGGGAGGCGGUGAAGAGGGCCGUGGACUGGGCCUGUCAGACAGACAGACAGUAUCCGUGUGUGUGCAGCAGGCUGGAGAUCGGCAGGGAUUGGGAAUCGUCUACACGUCAGCUACUGGGCUGUGAUUCUCCACACCCGUAUUCUCCUCUCAAACCUGUUCUGGAGAGACGGAUGGAUGUUUAAGUCAUGUGGAAACUGGACACACACUUCAGUCAAAAUUUACUCUCUGCUUACUUCAAAGUGUUUGUAACAUUAUACUGGUUAUAACACUGGCCCUAAAGUAUAUUUGGAUGCCUUUGGGCUUUAUAAAGUCUCAAUUUCAUUGCCUUAGAAUUAUCUACCCAAGUGCUUUUUUCUGCAUGUUUUAAGUUUUAAUCUUGGGAUUCAGUGAUAUUUUUAGAAGAUGUGGUUCAUGUUAUUUCCUUAAAGCAUUAGUUGUGCCAAACAUGAAAAUUGUAGCUUUAGCGCUAGUCCUACCAGGAAGACCUAAUGUCACGUCACUCAUCACAAUAAGUUCUAACCAGUAGCCAAGAGACACAAGCAAUAUAUAAGCUGUCCAUUCAUUUCAUUCAUUUGGUUGCAGAGACUGAUGCAGACAUUCACUCACCAUCCUCCGCACCCUCACCAGGUCGGCCCUGUCCAGGGAGGUAGGCUCCACCCCUGCCUUAGUCCUUGGCAGUCACAGCAGGAUCUAAAAACUUCUGAUUUAAGCUACAAAUGUUGCCUCCGCCAAAGAAAUCCUAUGUUCUGCUGAAUGAUACUUUUGUCAAAAAAUACUCAUCAAAUAAAUGUAAUUAAUAUCAUAUUUAUCUCCCUGGUCUGUGUGGUAGAACACAGGUUAAGAUAUUUGAGAUGAAAUCUGAGAGUGCUCAUUCAACAUUGUUAGUGUAACAGCUUUUAAAAAUGCCUCCACUUGCUUUUCUUUUAUGUUCAUAGCCCUUAAGUUCUAAAUGACCCCCUCUCUGUUCAUUGGCUAGUGGCAUUAUAAACUAGUUUCUUACUGGUCAUUAUUAUUCUCGCAGCCAAAAGAGUGAUGAGUGAGUGCUCUUGCAAAAUAUAUGUUUUUGUUGAUGUUUUUUAUUAUUUUCAUUAUUAUUCACAAUGUAUCUUUUUCUUUUUGACUACUUUAUAAUGGAUAACAUGCACUCAUCAUUGCAGGACGCCAUGUUAGACUGCUGGAACUGAUCACUGUGUUUGUAAUCUGUUUACCAGAAUAAAACGAUCCGUCCAAGGUGUGA